AUGGAUAGCAACACUUGUAACACGUUGCAGUCUUUGAGUGUAGCCGGUGCAUCACGAGUGCAAGUCGGAAAUAACUAUAAUACAACCCACAACUACAAUGGCGAGAGCGACCAAGAUGAUACAAAAAAGCUUUUGGAAUCUCUGCAUUCCACUGAUCCGCGUCACGAUAAGAAAAACAUCGAGCAAACGAACAACCACUUGUUGAGAGAAGCCUACGUUUGGAUUCUCCAAAACCCCGAGUUUCUCUCUUGGCGUGACAAAAAUCAUGGCAGUCAGCUUCUUUGGAUCAGGGGUGAUCCUGGAAAAGGAAAAACAAUGCUACUCUGUGGUAUUAUCGACGAACUACGACCAUCUACAAGGCUUGAAAACUCGGAGAGUCACAUUUCACUAUCCUAUUUCUUCUGCCAAGCUACCAACUCGGCUCUCAACAACGCGACAGCCGUGAUACGCGGGUUGAUCUAUCUUUUGGUUGUUCAACAACCAUGUCUUUUGUCCCAUUUACGGGCCAACAUCCAUUGGGACUCAAGAGUCGCUAUAGAAGACCUAUUCCGUAAGAUAGUAGCCGAUCCUGUUCUGGAGGAAGCGUACUUGAUUGUGGAUGCACUGGAUGAAUGUCGCGAAGAUCUUGAGUUUCUUCUUGAAAUGCUUUCUAGUCCAAUUCCACGCAUCAAAUGGAUUGUCAGCAGCCGAAAUCGAGUUGAAAUUAAAGAGGCUCUGAAACAGUCUUCAUCGAGACUCGCUCUUUCUCUGGAGCUCAAUGAAGAAUCAGUCUCCCAAGCUGUCAGACACUUCAUCGACCACCGCACUCGCGAUCUGGCUAGAAAGAAAAAGCUCAAAGCCGAAGUGGCGCAGAAGGUCUACCGGCACCUAAUACAACAUGCCAAUGGUACAUUUUUGUGGGUUGGCUUGGUGUGCCAACGCCUCACACGAUGUCGAGAGUGGGAGAUCAGCCGACAAUUACUUCAACUACCCAAGGGUCUUAACGAGCUUUACGCUAGAAUGAUGGAACAAAUCCGCACUUCUGAAAGCUGUGACAGUUAUAUCAGACUUCUAGCCAUUGUUUCAACUGUUUUCCGUCCACUGACUAUUUCUGAGCUAAUGGCUAUGGAGCCACUAGAAGUGGAUGAAGAAAGUAUUUGUGAUUUUAUAAGGGAAUGUGGUUCCUUUCUAACGACACGGGAUACAACGAUCCUCUUCGUUCAUCAGUCUGCCAAGGACUUUUUGCUCGAAAAGUCGAGCGAAUUGCUUUUCCAGUCCGGCCUUGCACAACAUCAUUAUGCCCUUUUUCAAAGAUCUAUUGAUGUUCUUGUUGUUCUACGCAAGGACAUGUACGACUUGAAAUAUCCUGGAGUCUCCCUGGAUGAAGCUAUCCGCAACCGGCCUGAGCCUGAUCCCAUUGAUGGCCUAGUCUAUGGACUUGUAUUCUGGGUUGAUCAUUUACGAGAGGCAACCGAGGUCUCUAGUAAGGAUAAUGCAGAAUUACAGAAGACCUUCGCCAAGACUGUGUAUGGAUUUCUUUGCGAUAAGUUUCUGUUCUGGCUAGAGGCACUCGGUCUAUGUCACAACCCAUCGAUUGCUGGAAAAGCCUUGAUGUCUGUGAAGAAGUUACUAGCGAUUUAUACUUCCGGUUUGCUUUUUAGCCCACAGAAAAGCCUUAUUCGCAAUUUAUCCAAAGAAUCCACACUAAGCUUCGUCAAAAGAGGUCCAAAGGUGGAUGAAAAUUGGAGCCCAAUCUUGGGUGUUUUUGAAGCUUCCCCGUACAGCAGGAUUGAUUCCAUGGUCUUCUCUUCCAUGGGCGACAUGGUGGUCAUGACAACGUCCGACUCUCAGUUGUUGAUAUGGAAUGUCAACGAUGGCUACAUGCAUAAAGAUUCGAGGUACAAUAAUACAGAGUGGUUGAGGCUUUCGCCAGACCUACAACUGUUAGCCUUUAUCACCACGCAGAACGUACUUGAGAUUUGCGAGCUCAAAUCAGGAAAUACCCUUUGGGCUGUGAGAAACAUUGACCCAGAUGUCCAAGCCAUGGAGUUUGCGCCUGAUAGUCAGUGGUUGGCAGUGUGCCAUAGCAACAACUUAUACCUCUAUGCUCGUGGAGGCGAAUUGUGCCAAUCGUGGACUUUGGGAUCAGAAUUCACGAGCAAUGAGUCCUAUGGCUUGUCGUAUUCCUCCAAAAGCGAUUUAUUGUUAUGCUCCAGAAUGUUUAGUGAACGCGGUAUUGCUGUUUUCGAUAUGCGAACGGGCAUACGUUACAAGUUCCCAGGCGUUUUUUCUGGAGGUCCUUUUUAUGCCGACGACAAUGAUGAAAGAGAUAACAGCGACAAGGAGGCAUUUGCUAAAGACAGACGUGUUGGACCAAUAUGUAACGCAAAAUUCGUCCCAAACGCCAGCUUGGUCAUGGUCACAGAUGAGUAUGGGGGCAUGUUCCUUUGGGACUUUUCGAAUAUGAGAUGCAAAAAGUGGUUUUGGGAUGGGAAUUCUGUUGGCUGCUUUGCCUACUCACAUGCCGAAGUCUGGAUGGUUAUAACAUCUAGUAACAAUUUUUUCCUGGUGGAUCGUGAUCAGGGAAUUGUCCUACAUCAAUUUUACCUCCCAGAUCAUAUUGGCGAUUUCCAAGAAAUUCAGGUUUCUUAUGACAAUAAGAAAAUCGCAGCCCGUUCAAGAUGCAUUGCAUGGCUGUUGGAUGUGCAAACCGGUCAGGCUGAUCGACCGAAAAAGAGAAAGUCUCGCAUCCUGGAUGAUGGGGUUACGAUCGCUUAUAUUGGUGACGUCACAACGAUUGAAAUUGAGAAUCCAAUUACAGAGGUUACUUCCACAUUGGACAUAAGAAACACUGUUAAUGGCUGGGUGGGCAAAAUGACAGUAUCACCCGACGGUCAAUUAUUUGCUUACAGCAGUUAUCCAAAACAUUGGAGAUCCCCGACAUCAAUUUACAUUUGGGAUCUGAAAAGAAACUCUUUGCGGUUCAGAGUUGAAGUAUCUGAAAGGGUCAUCCAUAUGGCAAUCUCCCCCAUUGUGGCAGAUGAAGAUCAAUGGUUAGCCGUGUGCACGUCAUCGAAGUUAAUUCUGUGGGAUGUAAACACUGCCCAGGUUCAUCUCUCCAUCACGUCUCCCAACAAGUUGGAAAGGCCUUAUGCCAAAGCGUUCUUCCAUGGAACUUGGAUGGGAGUUAUAUGGAAAUCUCAACGACGCAAGGACUUGUUUGUCCGUUAUGACAUCAAAACUGGCCAACGGCUCUCUCAGAUGGACAUCCCGAGAUUUCACGACCAUGGCGAUCAAUCCCUGUCACCCAAUGAAGCAGGCGUCCAUUGUGCUGUGAUUGAUAUCGAUAAGAGAGGUUUAUCCUUUAUUGACGAUUCAGCCUUGUGGACAGAAAAUGGAGUUUUAUAUUUCGACCGUAUCUUGGACAACCUGGUCAACAGAUCAGAAACUGGCAAAAGUGAGAUUCUAGAGAUAGAUGGACAAGUGGAUCAGAAGCUACCUGUGAUCACCCCAAGCAUUCAUGGGUACGGUUACAGUGCUAAUUGGGAGUGGAUAAUAUUCGACGGAAGACCGCUGAUAUGGCUACCGCAACAGUAUCGUCUUAGAGGUUUUUACUGGUUAAUGUCUAUCGGACAUCAUCACGUUAUUUCAAAAUACGAAGGAGGUAUUUACUGCAUAGUCUUUAACAAUGAUGCUGCGGACGGCUUGAGGAGAGCGAUGAGUCACUUAUCAAUAUAG